CCCAGACAAUCGACUGCAGGAACAGUCAUCCUGUGAAUAUCUGCUGCUCGGCGUGCCAUCAACUCGACGAUCCUCGUAUCUAUUUAUCCAAAAUGCGCGAAAUUGUUCAUUUGCAAGCCGGUCAGUGCGGAAACCAGAUCGGAGCUAAGUUCUGGGAGGUGAUCAGUGAUGAGCAUGGCAUUGAUCCCACUGGUUCCUACGUUGGAGACAGCCAUCUGCAACUAGACAGAAUCAGCGUCUAUUACAAUGAGGCCUCAGGUGGAAAGUAUGUGCCCCGAGCCAUCCUGGUGGACCUGGAGCCGGGUACGAUGGAUUCAGUCAGGUCCGGUCCCUUCGGACAGCUCUUCAGACCUGACAACUUUGUCUUUGGUCAGAGUGGAGCUGGAAACAACUGGGCCAAGGGCCACUACACAGAGGGGGCCGAGCUGGUGGACUCCGUCAUGGAUGUCGUGAGGAAAGAGGCUGAGGGCUGCGACUGCCUCCAGGGCUUCCAGCUCACUCACUCCCUGGGUGGCGGUACUGGCUCCGGCAUGGGCACUCUGCUCAUCAGCAAGAUCCGCGAGGAGUACCCCGACCGCAUCAUGAACACCUUCAGCGUGGUGCCGUCUCCCAAGGUGUCCGACACUGUGGUGGAGCCCUACAACGCCACUCUCUCUGUCCACCAGCUGGUGGAGAACACAGAUGAGACCUACUGCAUUGACAACGAGGCUCUCUAUGAUAUCUGCUUCCGCACUCUGAAGCUCACCACCCCGACAUACGGAGAUCUUAAUCAUUUGGUGUCCGCCACCAUGAGCGGGGUGACCACAUGUCUGCGUUUCCCUGGCCAGCUCAACGCCGACCUCCGUAAACUAGCAGUCAACAUGGUGCCCUUCCCCCGCCUGCACUUCUUCAUGCCGGGCUUUGCCCCUCUCACCAGCAGGGGCAGCCAGCAGUACCGCGCCCUGUCUGUGCCCGAGCUCACCCAGCAGAUGUUCGACGCCAAGAACAUGAUGGCUGCCUGUGACCCACGUCACGGCCGCUACCUCACCGUGGCAGCCGUGUUCAGGGGCCGCAUGUCCAUGAAGGAGGUCGAUGAGCAGAUGUUGAACGUGCAGAACAAGAACAGCAGCUACUUCGUCGAAUGGAUCCCGAACAACGUGAAGACCGCCGUCUGUGACAUCCCGCCCCGUGGUCUCAAAAUGUCCGCCACUUUUAUCGGCAACAGCACGGCCAUCCAGGAGCUGUUCAAGCGCAUCGGUGAGCAGUUCACCGCCAUGUUCCGCCGUAAGGCCUUCCUCCACUGGUACACCGGUGAGGGCAUGGAUGAGAUGGAGUUCACCGAGGCGGAAAGCAACAUGAAUGACCUGGUGUCCGAGUACCAGCAGUACCAGGAUGCCACCACUGAGGAGGGAGAGUUUGAGGAAGAGGGAGAGGAGGAAGUGGCCUAAACCUCAGCCUGCCCAGCUGCCAGGCCUAAUUUAAUCCGUCCGCCAACUCCAUCAUGAAUAUUAAAAAGUUUGCCGAAAAAAUAUCACCAUUUAGUUCGUUGUUGCUCUAUUGUUAGACAAUGUGUACUGGAGCUAUUUCAGUUUUUGUAUGUUGUGAAUGCACUGCAUUAUUGGCAUCCCUCCAUCUGUCCUGUCACUGCCUUGUGGAAGUGAUUUUAAUUGUGGAGCCUUGAGAUUGGAGGGUGAAUAAAAUCGGAUUAAAAGGCCAA